AUGUUCGCGGUGCUGCUGCUCCUCCAAGCUCUCCACAGUGCUUCGUCUGUGGGACUUGACAGCUCGUCCCCACCACAGGCGGAAGCUCUCUUGCAAGACGAUGAGUGCCAGAGUCCUUCCAGCUCUGAGUCUGCUCAAUGUGCGCUGAAUGCGCUGCAGAUUGAGCGUACCGCUUCAGAGGAAGCAGGUACCCAGGAGGCAGAGUACAACAGUACGAGCCAAAGGUGGGUUCUCACACUGUACCAUCAAACGAGUCACAGUGCCGGAAAGAGUAUUCUCAAGCAUGGCUUCAGGGCCGGGCACGUUGGUUGGUGUGGUGCCGGGAUUUAUUUUGCAAUGAGUGCCGCAGCAACAUCACAGAAGAUCAAAGGUCCGGACUCUCAUGGCGGCUACAUGAUCGAAGCUAAAGUUGAUGUUGGGAGGGUGAAGCACAUGCCGUGGCAUUGCACCACCAGUCCGAGUUGCAACCAUCAUCCUUUUGCCAAAUGCCAAGACAGAACAAACAGGGGGAGCUGGCUUCACAGGCAAGGCUACGACUCGAUCAACUUUCAGCCUGAUCCAUACGGCCAGGAGUAUGUGAUUUUCGACAAGAGCCGGGUCGUGUCUAUGAGAGGAUACUCCUACCACAGAUAG